GUGUUUGUGAAUAGCGUUUGAGUUUGAGUUUAAGUGUGUUUUUUGUUCAAUACUUUGCAAUAAUGUCGUUCGUUCGUACUUUUGGAAAAGCUGCUUUUGCAACUCUUCUUCUCACUCCUUCUUCCAUAUCAGCUGCAGACUACACACCUCAAGAAACCGUCUUGAAUUCUGGUCGUCCAACUUUCUACGAUGCCUCAACAUCCAUUCCUGGUAAAAUUGCCCUCGAAGAACAUGUUGGCAAUGAUCUCCUGAACGGUCUCUAUACCGUGCCUUACUAUCCCAACACCAAUGAACCUCAAUACUCUGAUUCCGUCUACAUCGCCGAUGUAGGUGAGAAAAUGCUCGAUAUUCCUUCGCGCAUUGCGAAUAUGGAUGCCGCAAACAUUAGCAUUUCCGUUUUGACAUUUGGAGGCCCGGGUAUCCAGGGAGUAUUCAAUGCUACCUAUGCGACUUAUGCCGCCGGAUAUGUGAAUGAUUAUUUGCAUAAGAAUUAUAAGAAUAAUGCGAAUUACACGGGGAGAUUUGAGUUUUGGUGCAGCAAUGCACUUCAAGAACCCGCCAACGCCGCCACCGAACUCGAACGCUGUGUCAAAGAACUCGGAGGCGUCGGGUCCUUUGUCGGAGGCUACACCAACAAUGGAGGUAUCAACGGUACCGCAAAUGAUAUCGUCUAUCUCGAUGACCCAAGCAUGGAGCCGUUCCUCGAAAAAGUAGUCGAGCUAGAUGUUCCCAUCUACUUGCAUCCCCGCAUGCCAGCCCCUAGCCAACUUCUCAGUGUCAAAGGCUAUGAAUUCUUGGGCUCAUCUCCUUGGGGAUUUUCCUCCGAGACAGGUGCUCAUGCUCUUCGUCUUAUGGUAUCAGGAACUCUAGAUAAAUAUCCUACUCUUAAAAUUGUGCUCGGACAUUGUGGAGAGGGACUUCCAUUUUUCCUUCCACGGAUUGAUCAGCGAUUGAGACAUUUCAAUAAAGAUUUGUUCAACAGCACCCUUACGAUGGAAGAGUACUGGCUCCGCAAUUUCUGGGUUACAACUGCGGGCGUACAAGAUGCAGGAACUGUGGUGGAUACCAUUAAGAGAACAGGAGAGGAUAGAGUAAUGUUCAGUGUUGAUUAUCCAUUUGAGGAUACGGUGGAGAUUGCGGGAUGGUUUGACCGUUUGGAGAUGAACACACUUACCAAGACGAAGUUGGCAUACGAGAAUGCGAAGGCGCUUCUUAAAUUGACUUAGGGAAUGAACCUCGGAGGUAUUGUUGUAUAUAAGUUGAUAUUCAUGUUGUAUAUUUUGAGUUGAGCGAAGUUGGUGAAGGUUAGCGUGUGGUUGAAUAUUUGGUGGGCGAGAUACUGUGAUGUAGUUCGAGUUAUCUGACGAUUGAUUGUAGUCGAAGCGGUGCUCGGCUGAUUCCAAUGAGGAGUUUUCAUUCUAUACAUAAAACUUUGAAGCGAUAUUUGACAGUACUCGACACUGUUGAUAGUAUUUGAGCCAUGAUAGAAUAGAAAAUGUAUAAUUGUUCAUGAAAGUCUUGUUAUGAAAUGGGUGCCACGUGAUAAUAAACGACAACAACGCUUUCAGCGAGCAGUACAUAGAAGUAAUCAACAUUCUCACCUGCCCUGCACACGAAUCCUCAUCCACUGGUCUCUCACAAACACUAUGGAAUGGAAUGACAUUGGCUGGAAACUCCCAUUGAGGUUGAUGCUAUCAUACUUCUCAUUUUGAUGGGUCCUCAGUCUUGGCUUUGGAUUCAAGCUUUAAUUCAUAGAUUGAUCUCAGCCUUGCGGGUCAUGAUGAUUUAUCAUGGGUUUUGAUGGGGAUUUGGUGAUGGGUUUGUGGGUCUGGUCGUAUGGGGAUGGUAUUCUUUGGAAUCAUGCGGAGUGAGUGAACAAUUGCUUGCUAGUACUGUCCCACUCGUUCGCAAAGUCUUCAUUGCUGCCCGCUGGUACUCAAAGUAGGAAAUACUGACUAGUGUUGCGAACAGUAGAAAUGGUAUCGUCUUUCUCUUUGGACCCAAAAAACCAAAGCUCCACCAACUUCCCUUGCUUUGGGUUUGAGUUGUAAUGUUAUGAAUGAGAUUCGAGUACGAUAGCGUGCUGAUGCGAUUCUGCAUGAUUCAUAGAAUGCACGAUAACCGUGUUGGCGAUGGAGAGAAUGUGA